UAAAACCUACUGACUCCCAGAGUCCUUACGCUACUCACCAACCUCUCUUUCAACUCGCCUUCGAUCUCUCUAGUAUUCUACACAAAACAGCAGCCAUGUCGUGCUACAGAGGAAAAUACGCCGAUGAGCUCAUUGCCAAUGCCGCUUAUAUUGGUACCCCUGGAAAGGGUAUUCUUGCUGCUGAUGAAUCAACUGGCACAAUUGGCAAGCGUUUUGCUAGCAUCAAUGUUGAGAAUGUUGAGUCAAACAGGAGGGCUCUCCGUGAGCUGCUUUUCACUACCCCUGGUGCACUCCAGUACCUCAGUGGAGUUAUCUUGUUCGAGGAAACUCUUUACCAGAAGACUGCUUCUGGCAAGCCGUUUGUUGAAGUCAUGAAGGAGGGUGGAGUGCUUCCCGGAAUCAAGGUUGACAAGGGUGUUGUUGAGCUUCCUGGAACCAACGGUGAGACAACCACCCAGGGUCUUGAUGGCCUGGCUGAGCGCUGCAAGAAGUACUACGAGGCUGGUGCUAGGUUUGCUAAAUGGCGUGCUGUGCUCAAGAUCGGAGCGACUGAGCCAUCUCAGCUUGCCAUCAAUGAGAAUGCCAAUGGUCUUGCUCGUUAUGCUAUCAUCUGCCAGCAGAAUGGUCUUGUGCCCAUUGUUGAGCCCGAGAUUCUUGUUGAUGGACCUCAUGACAUUGACAAAUGUGCUGAUGUAACCGAGCGUGUUCUUGCUGCUUGCUACAAGGCCCUCAACGACCACCAUGUCCUUCUUGAGGGUACCUUGUUGAAGCCCAACAUGGUCACUCCCGGUUCUGAGUGUGCCAAGGUUGCACCAGAGGUGAUUGCUGAGUACACCGUCCGUGCCCUGCAGCGCACCAUGCCUGCAGCUGUACCUGCUGUGGUGUUCUUGUCUGGUGGGCAGAGUGAGGAGGAGGCUACCGUCAACCUUAAUGCAAUGAACAAGCUGAAGACAAAGAAGCCAUGGAACCUCUCUUUCUCCUUUGGACGUGCUCUUCAGGCUAGCACCCUCAAGAUUUGGGGUGGAAAAGAGGAAAAUGUCAAAAAUGCUCAGGCUAACUUCCUGGAAAGGUGCAAAGCCAACUCUGAGGCAACUCUUGGUACAUAUGCAGGUUCUUCUAACCUCAGUGCUGCUGCAUCCGAGAGCCUUCAUGUGAAGGACUACAAAUACUAAGCAAGGUUUUGUAUUUUUGUUUCAUUUUCUGGUUUUGAGUAAGAGGAACUGCAGUAUGUUUUGUCGAGACAAUGUUUAUUAUUGCAGGGAGCUGUUUAGUUUUUAUGUCUAUCUUCCAAAGCACUGUUCACACCGGUUGGUCGAAUAAUGUUUGCUAGUCAAAUUGACGUUUAUGGAUUAAGUGACUGGUUUUAUCGAGUUUUCUUAAUACCUUUGCUUCUUAAA